CAACCAACCCGAACGGACAGAUUUCUUCAUCGACGCGAUGGCCCCCGAUCCUCGUUGCACCGCUCUGGCCGCGGCCAAGGACAAGAAAGGCAUCUCCUACACUCAGAUCGCCGAGAAGAUGGGUACCUCCGAGCAGCAUGUCAUCGACAUCUGCACUGGCACCCAGAAAGCGACUGAUGCGGAGUUCAGCUCUCUUGCCCACAUCCUGGACGUGAAGUCUGCGCCUCCUCACGACUCCGCGCACGUCACCAAAUGAAUGGGUGCUAUCACGUAUAUACGAGGCCAAUGUAAUCUAGCAUGUCACAUACACACCCUGCGGAUGCGGCGUGAGGACCCUGAGGUCAUAA